AUGGUUACUAAUGUGUUGCCCGAUGCAAACAAUAUAACAGUUACAAACCGGUUAUCAUCCUGUGAUAAUUCAACAUUGAAUUUGACUCGAACUCUAUAUGAUCUUUACAGUUUAUAUCGAAAUAAUCUGACAUCAGAUGUAUUUUUUAAUGUCUCGAUUAUUAAUUUCAAUUGUACAAAUGAAACAGAAAAUUAUUUUAAACAUAUUAUAACUUUUACUCAUGCAGUUUCAAUUCGAAUACAAAUUUUAUUUGCUUCAAUAUAUUCCGAUUAUCUAAAUGCGAAUAAUUAUCAAUUGAAUGGUUUUAAAAUUAAUCAAUCGACAUAUUUUAAUCUUUCCUCAAUUACUACAAAUAAUAACGCAAUAUCAGACGCAUGUUCAAGUGCUGAUGCUGCAAAUGACCCACUUUGCCAAACAAAUUCAACGAAUCCAAUAUGUACAAUACUUUCAAAUCAAUGGAAUUUUAUUUGCAGUUCAACUAGAAUGAAUACUACUCAAUUACAAACACCACCGAUAGUAUCAGGUUUAAAUGCUUGGCAAUUAGGUCUUGUUUGUGCCUUAAGUGUUUUCUUUGUUUUACUUUUAAUUAUCUUCUUUGGAUAUUUUUAUCGUCGUUAUACACAUUCAAAACAAAUUGCUUUAUCACGUGUAAAUCUUUAUGAUGAUGAAAUCUUAAAGCAAAAAACUGAAAUCCCUCAAGGACGAGCCUUUCAAAAAGCAUCAACAAUCGUACAACCUAAACAUCGUAAUAAUACAGGUAUUUCUUGGAUACACAAAGAUUUUACUAUAAAUGCUGCUCAUAUUAAUGAAAAUGGUAUGAAUACAAAGUCACUUGAGCUUUACAAUCAAGGUACAAUUAUUGAUCGUAAAAAUAUUUAUGAUUUAAAUCUUCUACAAAAUUCCAAAUCACCCAAUGAUAUUUCAACUAGAAAAAUAGUUCCAACAAUUAUUAUUUCCGGAUCUGUAUCUGAAAAAUCACUCAAUCAAUUAAAAUCAACGACUGAAGAUAAUACUUCAAUGGAUCAAUCUAUUUUAAAUAAUUCAAGAACACAAUUAACAAAAUCACAAAUGAACGAUGUGCGCUUGACUGAUGAAAACCUAAGUGAUGAAGAUGCAUGGAUGUCUAUCCUAGAUGUUGUUAAUGCUGAACUUGCUAUACUUAAUGAACAAGAACGAAUACAAAUAUUAAUGUAA